GGCUCCAGGGGCAACAUGGCGCAGACAAUGAAAGCGGAGAAGUAGCGCGAAAUCUAAGCCGAGUGACCGGGAAGGAUCGACGGAAAGGAAUCUACCGACUCUGAAGCAUCGGAUCCACAGCACCAUUUUCUGUCUGUUCAGACGUCACCCGAGCCUGAGACGCUUGUAAUCCACGGGCAUCCAAAAGCGUGGCCCUGGUGACCCGGAAAUCCGAUUUUUCUACUAUUUUCACCGUUAUUUCUACCCUACUGUAUUCAUUUCCUAUUUAACCCCGUUUUACAAGAAACUCAUAACACAUACUGGUGUCAUUUGCCCAUCUCUUCUAUGCCAUAAAUUCCCAUCCCCCCCCCCAGUCCUCCAGCACACCGUUUCUGGACCAUAGGGGUGCAGAGUCCACCCUUGAUGCAACCAUGAAGCUCACCGAUAACGUCUUACGCAGCUUCAGGGUCGCAAAAGUUUUUCGUGAAAAUUCUGACAAAAUCAACUGCUUUGACUUCAGUCCCACUGGCGAAACGGUGAUAUCAAGCAGCGACGAUGACUCUAUUGUGCUUUAUGAUUGCCAGGAGGGCAAGCCCAAGAGGACGUUGUACAGUAAAAAAUACGGCGUGGAUCUCAUACGUUAUACACAUGCAGCCAACACAGUAGUGUACAGUUCCAACAAAAUCGAUGAUACUAUACGCUACCUGUCUCUUCACGAUAAUAAAUACAUACGUUACUUUCCGGGACACAGCAAAAGAGUAGUUGCCUUGUCUAUGUCUCCUGUUGAUGAUACGUUCAUUUCCGGGUCAUUGGAUAAAACAAUCAGACUUUGGGACCUUCGCUCUCCCAACUGCCAGGGCCUGAUGCAUCUUCAAGGGAAGCCUGUAUGUUCCUUUGAUCCGGAAGGUCUUAUUUUUGCAGCUGGGGUCAAUUCUGAGACCGUCAAGUUGUAUGAUCUUCGGUCAUUUGAUAAGGGUCCGUUUGCCAACUUUAAGAUGCAGUACGACAGAACGUGUGAAUGGACAGCUCUAAAAUUUAGCAACGACGGCAAACUAAUCCUACUCUCUACCAAUGGUGGCUUCCUCAGACUGGUUGAUGCCUUUAAGGGGGCUGUUCUGCACACAUUUGGGGGCUACAACAAUAGUAAAGCAGUCACCCUGGAGGCCUCAUUUACUCCAGAUUCACAGUUUAUUAUGAUUGGUUCAGAGGACGGCAAAAUCCACGUCUGGAACGGAGAGAGUGGGAUGAAAGUGGCCGUGCUGGACGGUAAACACACCGGUCCCAUCACAUGCUUACAGUUCAACCCCAAAUUCAUGACUUUUGCGAGUGCAUGUUCCAAUAUGGCUUUCUGGCUUCCGACCAUCGAUGAUUAAUGUUGGAUGUGCCCUUCUAAAAAGCAUAAAAGGAAAUAAGUAGAUUCUUUCAUGAUACUCCUGGCAUUUCUGAAGAUUAUUCCACCCAAUCAACGAGAACAAGCACAAAAAGACAUUGUUCCACCAGAAGUCCAAGUAUUAUCACUUUCCAUCAAUGUUGACAAUUGACACAUCAACUUGCCAAAACAGAUACUCUUCCCGUCCCUGCAUUGGGGCUACCAGUGUUUCUUCUUCUCCAACAUGGGGUGUGACAUUUCAGAACUUUUUUUACAAGGACAUCUGUCAUCUACUUAACUUGUUUAACCGCCUCAUUCUUCAUUUUGGAUUUUUUUUUUUUGAGGCCUUUUUAACUUCUGUGGCAACCGUUUUUAUGCGUUUCCUUCCAUUUGUGCCACCUGUAUGUUGAUAUGCUGUGGGUCAGGUUUUCUCCUUCCUGUAGAUGCUAAAGAUGUUCAUGUUGGCAAAAUGUUGUGACUUUUUUGUUUACAUUUUAUUUUGACAUCAGACCUGUUCUUCCAUGGCUAUUUAAAUCACCUGUGAAUCGA